AUGAUUUCUCUGGGAAAGGGUUUUUUCACUAUCAAAUUGGAUAAUAUGGAAGAUAAAAUGCUAAUUAAAUCAGGACAAUGGGAAGUACUUGAUCAAGUUUUAAGGGUGAGGAAUUGGAUGUCUAAUUUUAGGCCAGAAAAUCAAAGAACAUCGAAAGCUCUGGUAUGGGUCCAUUAUCCUGGUCUUAGUAUGGAAUACUGGGAUGAGAAAACUCUCUUCACCAUUAGCAGUGCUAUUGGAACUCCAGUGAAGGUUGAUGAAGUGACUUUAAACUAUGAAAAUGGUCUAUAUGCAAGAGUGUUGGUAGAAAUUGAUUUUGCAACAAAAAUUCCUCAUAAACUUUGGAUUAAGAACAGAUAUGGAGGGUUUAUGCAAAGUGUUCUUCUUACUAAUCUUCCAAAAUUUUGUCCACACUACAAAAUAAUUGGACAUACACGGCCAGAAUGCAGGGCAAAUAAGAAUUUAAAUCAAGAAGCUGAGGAAAGUCAAAAAGUUGGUAGAACCAAUAUGGGCAACACAUCAAAAACAACAGAGGAUUCACCAAAACCAAAGAUAGGAGCAACACUAGUCCAAAACAUGGAACCUUUUGAUAUCUGUGAACCACAAGUUACACAAAUCAAUAUUCUUAAAGUUCCAGUUCAGAGUUUAACAGUCACUGUGCCAAUUAAUUCAGGAAGAUUUGAAUCUUUGCAAAAUGUUGAUGAGGGUGAGGAGAGUAUGAUUGAGAUGUUAAGUCCAACAAAAGUUCUACAAAUUGUAGAAGAUAAUUCUCUAGACACAAGUGUGGUGAAGUAUAUCAAUGGCAAGAAUGGAUCAGUUUCUGAGGAAAGUGUUCCUACUACCUCUUGGUCCAAAGUUAUUCAAAAACCUGCAGUACCAACUCCUUCGGAGACUCUAAAAAAAAUACUGAAUUAA